UGAGCCCAAUAAAUUCAAUGCAUACAGCUACAUCUCAGUAUGUAACCCACACUUUUUUCAAUUUUAACAAAAUUAUAAAGAAAUACUACACAUCACUUUAGAAUUACGACAUAUUUCAAAGUUUGACAAAAACCCACUGACUCAUAGCAACCCUAUAGGACACAGUAGAACUGUCCCAUAGAAUUCCCAAGGCUGUAAUCUUUAUGGAAGCAGACUGCCACACUUUCUCCUACAGAGCGGCGGGGGAUCGAACCACCAAUCUUUUGUCUCGUAGCCAAGUGCUUUAACCACAGCGCCACCAGGGCUCUAAAGUUUGACAAGAAACAGCAUAUCAUACUCCCAACAGUAGAGAGUUCAUCUCUUUAGGGCACACUUCUUUGUGUCUCUCAAACACCAAAUGCUCCUAUGUACAAACCUUAGUUACAUACAGUGCAGGUUAAGGAUGUGUUAAUCAGGAGAGCAUGAAUUUAGGUAAAUCCUCUAAGCCUCAUUUUGCUCAUCUGUGACAGAAAGAGAUUUGAGAGCAGUAGAGAUUAUCUGCUCAGCUAUCAGAUUCUGUUAUUCUAACUGGUUAAUCCGUCAAAAACAGCACUAUCUUUGAUCAUUAACAAUUUUCUAAAAAUUUUACAGUAAUCAUAAAAAUCUCUUAUUUGACUUUCUUGAUUUAUUUAUUCAAAUAGUACUAAUUAUGCACUAGGUACUAAGGUACACAAUGAAGACGUGGUUCCUUAUAUUCAUAAACUAGAAGCCUAACUGGGGAUACAAACAUGUAAAUUGAAAUUACAGCACAACCUAACUUUAAGUAUCCUGAUAACAGGUAACACCAAAGCUCUAUGGGAAACCUAGCAGAAGGGAUAGCCACUUCUGUCUUAAUGAGUAAUGCAAGAUUUCACUGAAGAAGUCAUAUUUAAACUGGGCGUUAAGGAUGAACUGGAGUUUGCCAGGUGAAGAAUCAACAGUGGAGGGAAGGGGGGAGGGGCAUUCCAGGCAGUCAGAACAACAAGUGCAAAGGACAGAGUCAUAAAAGGGAAUGAGGUAUUUAUGGAAAGGUGACAUGUUUCGUGUAACUGAAGUACCACUCAUCAGCAUCAGGAUAGGAAUGAGCUUUGUAUAUGCUUCAUGACUAACUCCUGGCCAGCUUCCUCCUUUUCCAUGUUUAUCUAAGUAAGUUUUAUCUUAAUAUAAUUUUGUCUUUUCAUUCAGAUCGUUCAGACCACUGAAGUCCUCAAACUUCACAAAAAUCUAAGUUCAAACAGGAAUUACCAAUGCUAAUUCUUAUUCCUUCCCUAACCGUAUUGUUAUAAAUCCUUGUAUAAAGCUACUAGUCAAACAUAUGAAGAAAUAAAUAUUCCCACAAUUCCUCAAUAAUACAAGUUCACUAUACAAUAAAUAUAAGCAGAAGUAGUAACUUAAAGGGUAUUAUUUUCUUAAACAAAAAAGACUCCUUUAUUUUUUACACUAUUUUAGCCAAAGAAUUCAAACAGAAGUAAUUAGAGAUACGUAUCAAGUUUAAGUCGCUAUUUUCUGAGUAGAAAAUAUUAUAAACAACAGCCCUCAGGAUUCGAAAACUCGGUUUGCAAACAGCCACUUGUGUUGGAAAUGAAGAAUAUAUGCUAGAGAAAACAGGUUGUUAUCAACUCCUUAAGAGACUGAAGUUUGAUACAUGUUGGCUGUUCGAACUCCUUACUACAGAUUAAUACUAUGAAGACGGUUAGAGUCUCAAGUCAAAUGAAAAUCCAGUCUAUACAUAAUUCAAAAUAUAAUACAGCCAAGUUGAAGUACUAAAACUACAAAAUCUAAUUGCCAUACAGAACAUGGUUUCUUUUUAAAACUAAAUGCUAAAUACUAAUUGGUCAUGCCUGAUAUAUAAACCUUCCCUUCUCCCGUUCUUUCAGUACUCCCCUCUGCUCUCUUUAGCAUUAGUCUAACUUUCUCAGGAACAGGGCUAACAGGUUGAGGUGGGCUUUCGUUUGAGACAUAACAGACUAGGGAGAAAAUAAAGUAGCAGUACCUGGCAGCUGCAGUAAGGUAAUAAUAUCUUGAGUAACAAUGAUGUUUUGCCAAAUGUUAACAGCCAUUACCUCUGCGUAGUUAAUUAUAGUUACUUUUUAUUCCAUUUCUAAAUUUUCUGAUUUCAAAACUGAUAUAGUUUUGAUUGACAAUAGAAUAUCCCCAAACGUUUAAUAGUCAUUAUGUUUGAGCAGUUAUAGUUUUUAGUUUAUAUCUAAUUUUUCUAUACAGACAUGUUGUUUUAAGUUUUUGUUUUAUUUAUUAACAAGGCUUAGGCCCCACAGGCAGCACCAGCUUGCGGGAGCUCUGAAGGAAGGCAAGACGAAAGCCACUGCUCUUAUAUACAGGUCACUUAUAAGUAGGAAUCGUCUGUGGUACACAGUGAGAGGAUGAUAAUAUCAUUAUUACGCCUUCUGAGCUUGACAGUCUCCCACUCAAUAUCAAGUCUCGCUAAAAUGUCAUUAAAAAAGUAACAUUUUCUAUAAAGCUAUUAAAUCAUAAAAAGAAACCACAAAUAAUUUGAAUCUAUAUUUACUCGUUUCGUUCUGUUGUACAUGGGGUUGCUACGCAUCGGAAUUGACUCAACGGCACCUAACAACAACAACAUAUUUCUGAUAAAACUUCUGAUUUUAACUUUUACUUUGGAUUAAAAUCAACAUCCUGGAGAAUAAUUUGUUAUUUUUUUAAUGAGAUUUGCUCUGGAGCUACUAAUACACUAAAUGUUGACACUAAUUACCUUCACAGAGAAAUAGUCUUAAUGAAACUGUAAGUAAGAACCUCUGCCCAAGGGAACAGACCAAAACAAGUGGCACUCUAAACCAAACUGUACUGAAGUUACUACAUCCCAAGUACCAGAGAAUCGAGUGUCGUGGUAACCCCUCCCCCGCAAAAGGCACUGAGACAGACAGUCCCAUGCAUACGCAUACGCAUACACACACACACACACACAGACACAGACACACACAUUUGAUGUUAUAAAUACAAACCAUUUUGAGGAAGAUGAAUUAACACAGAAUUGUGUUUUACCUAUUCAGAGAAUAGGUUAUGCAUACGAUCUUCAUCAGUUUACUACUUUUAUAUUCCAGGCUACCUAAAAGAAGACAGUGAUCUCACACUUGACUGGCAGUUUUUCCUUCUUUCUGUUGGCCUUUUAAAACUUAAGACUUCCUGCCUUCCAGUGUCAUGGAGAAAGUCCAACACCUCACUCGCUCUGCUAUAAGAAGAGCCUCCACCAUUGAAGUGCCUCAACAAGCACGUCAAAAUCUCCAGAAACUAUUCGUCAAUUUCUGUCUCAUCUUAAUAUGUCUCUUGCUGAUCUGCAUCAUCGUGAUGCUUCUCUGAAGUUCUGCUGCAACCUCCAGUUCUAGAAUUUACCACAUCAGCUUAAAAAUCCGUCAUCCCAUGAAGAAGGGAAAACAAUACUGUAUAACAGACUGCUUCCUGAGUAGAAUUUCUUUGUAAGAAGGUCAAGAUUUCAGACCAAAACAAAUUGUCAGCAAAUUUAUUCACCUGCUGGAUCUUGUAAACAUGAUCAGUGCUUUAUUCUCAAAAACUAACUUUAAAGUGACUAUAAGUGUGCAUAAUGUAACUGUUUAUUUCCUUGCCAUGGCUUAUAAGUUUCUAUCACAAAUCUUUUCUGAGGCUAGAAUAGCUAUUUAGUUUUGAAACUGCACUGCACCCAAAUUCUACU